UUUUUAAUAAUUCAGUGGUCUGGCUUGGUGGAGCAGGGCAGAUAUCCAUUUACUGCGCCUGUUCUCUUCACAGGAUUGUUUUUGCCAAACGGUUGAGCCUGGAGCCUGGAGGGCAGGCCGGGCAGUGCAGGCUUCAGGAGGAGGCUGCCUUCGUAAUCUGUGUCCUGCUGGAGCAGACUUUCACCCCGCUGUGACCACAUCUGACACCCUGUCACUCUGCAGCGAAAUGAGGAAACAGACAGUCAUGUCUUUAGUCCCCACUGGUCGGCAGCCAGGAUCAUGUGACAGGAUGGGCCAUAAAUGGAAAGAUCAUCACUCUUGGAAAGUUACUGCUGAACACAUGAUUUUUCCCCAAAAAUUUCCACAAUUCCCAUGACGGACACUGCUGGCCACACUUGACAUACCAACGUGCAAUAUAUCGGCAGUGUAUGUGUGUUUUUACAGGUGUUACAACCAUAUGGGAAUGGUGUUUUGUUUUGUUUUUUUAUGCAUGUAAUGGACUAAAAAAUACAUUUAUGCUGUUUUUACUCUUUUCAUAAAAAAAUGAAAUAUUCUGUACACAUCCUGUAAUUAAAAUAUGUCAGUUUGUAAAUUAGAAAAAGUGCAGUACACAAGAAAAUCUCUUUCAUUUUCACACCAGUUCAGGGCCUAAAAAUAAACCAUAAAAUAUUAUCAACUGCAAAACUGAAAGUAUUCAUGUGAGGUAUAAUAAGACAUCUUAACAAGUUCAUAUGUUCGUGCGACAAAGUAAAGUGGAAUUAGGUGCAGUAAAACCACAACUUCUCCUGCCAAGAUAUAUUUAAUAUUUGAAUAAAUGCAAAUAUAUAGUAAGAUUUUAAGUAUUUGCCUGAUAUCAACCUGUUUAACCAACUGUGUUGUCUGGGCAACACAUGCUACAAAUGUUUGCAAGGUUGAAAUCCAAUAGCAAUUAUACACUGUAACAACUAUAUGUGUUACUUGAGUAUUAUUCUCGCAUAUAAAUUAUGAUAAUUUAUUUCCUCAAUCAGUAUAGUUUAAUAUAGACUUAUACAGAUAUUUUUAAAUCUCAAAUGGUUAAAAUGAAACUGUUGUUUCGUCUGAAUACUUUCAUAUUUUCUAAAACCAAAACCUACCGUGGUUUAGUAUGAGACAUUUAUGACAGUCAUAUUAUAAUCAAAGAGGAAAGGAGUGGUUUAUUGCCAUGUUGAACCUGUAAGCUAUAACCGGAUGAAUGAAGAUCAGAGGAUCCGUAAACAAGGUGGAAAACUAAAUUCAUUUUACUCUCUGCUGCCCUUUAUAUCAUCAAGGUUCAGAGUGGGUUUGAUUGAGGACGGUGCUUUGACUGAAGACCGUUACCACAAUGUCUGGAAAACAUGGAACAGGAGGAGAAAAGUAACCACUGACAAAUAAAAUCCUCAUACUUCAAAUGGGUUUCAGACAAUUUAUCCAUGAACUGAAUCAUAUAUACAAUCUUUUAACUGGUGCAUAAAUGCAGAUUUUGUUUGAGUUGGAUUGUGGUUAUGUUAUAUGCAAUAAAACAAUAGAAUUUUUUGUUUCAAAUCUCCAUGUCAUCAGUAUUAAACCAGAAACAGAGCAACCCUCCUCCUCCUCCUCUGUGUACUCCAGCUGCCUCAGCUCCACCACACUUGGUCAGACAUGGCAGGCCAUCAAAAAAUCAACUUGUUCCCACUCCACCUGUUCAAAACACUAUUAAUCUGCUGCCUUCCAAUAAAAGGCUUGGCUCUCAGCGAUGAGCCAAUAGAACGGCAUUAAAGCAGUGAGACCCAGGCCAAUCCCAGGCUGCAUUCUAAUGUGGCCUAUCUUUAUCAAGGUGCCACUCCAUUUCCAGAUACUGCUUAUUUAUGAUUUCUGAGGAGAGAGCCGGCAGGAGGCAUGUGUCUUUAGGAGCACACUAACAUCUGUGUCUGGAGGGCUCAACCAAAACUUCAGCUAUGGAGCUAUCACACACCACACUGUGGCUGAGAAGAGGUGAAGGGCGAGAGUGAAGCGUUUAUCUGCUGCUACACCGUUUUCUGAUGUGGUAGCAACUUUGGCAAACACCAGGGACUUUGUUAAAAUUGCCAUUAGUGCUCAUAAUUAUUUGAAUAUCUGGGGUGUGAUCCCAGAUCCAGACAUCACCUGUGGGUGAGAGAACUUCUCGUGGGCCCAUCAGAGGUCUUUUCUUGUCUGGAUCUUACUGGAUGUGUUACUGAGACCUGGAGGCAGAGUUACAAACUUCCCAUGGAUCCAAACAUCCAGGGGUCUUUCCUGUUCAACAACAGCCUCAACCAGUUCUCCUCGGACCUCAAGGCACCGGUGUGCCAGUACUCGGUGCCCAACUCUUUCUACAAGCUCAACCCGGGCCUGAACAGCCAUCUGCAGGCAGGGACGCCUCACGGCAUCAGCGACAUCCUGAGUCGCUCCAUGGUCGGGGUGGGCUCCACGGGCACCACCACCCUGCUGUCAGGGUACUCAACCAUGGGGGGGUUCGGCCCCUCCGUCACCAGCACGUCCAUGUACUAUAACCGAGACUACAACUCCUCGCUGAGUGGCUUCUCCAAGCCGGGUGGCGAGUGCCCCACUAAGGCUCGCAGUGUGAGCUGCUGGGCUGAGAGCGGCUGUGACUGGAGAGGAGGGAGGCAGCAGUGCACCAACAGUAGCGGUCCUCUUGGGGAGAUGUCCGGCAGGAAGAAACACACCAGACCAACAUUUAGUGGACAUCAGAUAUUUGCUCUGGAGAAAACAUUCGAGCAGACCAAAUACUUGGCCGGGCCUGAGAGAGCGAGACUGGCUUAUUCUCUGGGAAUGACUGAAUCACAAGUUAAGGUGUGGUUUCAGAACCGACGCACCAAGUGGAGGAAGAAAAGCGCCUCAGAGCCGAGCUCCACGCAGGCCAGCCACGCGGGGCAGGGCGGCGAGGCCUCGGAGAACGAGGUGGAGGACGAGGAGUACAACAAGCCUCUGGACCCGGACUCUGACGACGACAAGAUCCGAUUGCUGCUGCGCAAACACCGCAGGGCUUUCUCUGUCCUGCGCCUCGGGCCGCACCAAGUCUGAAAACACCACGUGCGAAUUACCCGGCCACGCGGACACAGGCGCGCGCGCACACAGACACACACGCACGCGUGCGCACACACGCACACACACACACACACACACGCUUCUCAGCAGACCUGCAUGAUUAAAUGAAAAUAUUUAGUUUUGAAUACAACGUUUAAUCAAGCAGUUACGCAUGUUCAGCAAAGGUCAUCUGUGCUCGUCCGACGAAAGAGCAGCAAGAAGGUUCAGCGACAAAGAGGCUGAAAAAAUGAAGCUAAAAAAAAAAGUUGUUUACUUUUGUAAGUUACUGUAAGAAAUGAUCUUUGGCCUGUGUGAUGUUACACUGAUAUGUGGGGGGGGGGGAGUUGUGUCAUACACUUCAUUUUGUAAAAACACAGGAAAAGUACAUGAAAAAAUUGCAUGAUGCUAUUGGUAAUACUGAUAAAUAAAUAACAAGAGAGUAACCUGACACCCUUUUUGAA